AUGAAAACUUUUGAUCCUGCUGUGCAGACUGGAAUGUUAUUGGAAGUUACUGCAGAAUCCUCCAAGAAGAAGAAGAAAAUUCAGAAGGCAGAAAAAGUUCAAUCUUCUAAAGUCUCCCAAGCUGAAGAGGUUGAGAAAGAAGAGACUUUUACAAAAGCGAAGAAGGAGAUAAUACCCUCAAAAUCUGGGGUAUUAAAGAAGCUUCUUAAAUCUUUGACAACGACUUCUUCUCCUAAUAUUCGCAAGACGGAGGUUAGUAGUAAGGGGGCAACAUUUCACGAUGUUCCAGCUCCUGUUUCUCCAGGUUCAAAGCGAAAACGAGCUCAGGAUGUUGCGAAGCAUAUGCAACAAACACUUUCCAAGAAACGCAAGUUGAUCAUUUGCAAUGAAUCCUCCGACGAAGAAGUUGUUCCAGAGACUCCACCUGUUUCUGUUGUGGUAACUGUUUCUCUUCCACCUGUUUCCAUUCCUAUUACUUCGCAAAUUUCCACAACAACCUCUAUUCCACUUGAAGUAGUCACUACCAAAUCAGUUUCAAAGGAGGUACCUACUUCCGAUAUGGUUGUCAACGUAUCUGAUACGGGGGCACCUAUCACAAGUGUAGAAACCACACUACCUAUCAACCUAUCUGCUUCUUUACCUAUCUCUUCUGAGAAUAUAUCUACUUCAUUACCACCAUUUUCUCUUCCAACCACUACAAUCACUACUUCAUCAAUUUUUGACCAUCCUCUACAACAUCCAUUUACAACCUUAUUUCCAUCACAAUCACCCGAAACUCCUCAACCUUCGCAACCUAUGUCCGAUGAUGAAAACGAAGGAGGAGGUUUUGGAGGGACUUUUGAGGCCCUACAUUUCGAUUCAGAGGAGGAGGAGAUACCUGAUCAUAUGCUUAUGUCAGGUAAGCAAUUCAAAAUCCUGAACCGAAAAUUAAAUGCCAUUAUUCAGUCACAAGUUGAUUCUGGUUCAAAAUCAACAAUGACGGGAUUGGAGGUGGAAUAUCUGCUUAAAGAAGUUAAGAAGAGAAUACUUGACAAAGUAGAUCAAUCAGACAAGAACAAUGAGCUUCGCAUUAAAGCUCAAGGGAGUUCGUUCAAUGGAGUUGUCAAUGAAUUGAAAAAUAUUGCAAAAGAACGUCAUGUUCUUCUUGUGCAAGAUGUCAAGAAGGUUAGGGAGGAUGUGAAUUUUAAAAUUGAAGAAUUAAAGCAGGAACUUGCGAAGGAGCUUCAUGAUAUUACUUCUCAAAAUUUGGAAGUACAAAAGAGGGUUGAUGUGGUUGCCACGGCCCUGAACAAAGUUAUCACUGAUUCUCAAUCUCCUAGUCUGAUUCUUGAAGCCAACCAAAAAGAAAACAAGGAGAAAUUUGAUAAGUUAAUUCAGUUGGUGACUGAAUUGAAAACUUUGGUUUCGCAACCUACCUCUCAGACAAUUCUCACUCUUGAAUUCUUGUCUCUCAAAGUCAAUACUUUGGAACAAGCUAUUCAGAAGGCAUUAGCCCUAAUUGCGAACUUUACUUCUUUAUUGCCAAAGAAUGCCCCACCUGCUUUCAUAGGGGUGCAAGGGGGAGAGAAGAAAGCAAGUAAAGAGGAUGAUGCGAAGACAGUGGGGAAGGUGAUAUCCACUCAACUCAAAACUACUCUGCCAGUAUUCACGAAGCCAAUUUCCUCAACUGUAACAACAACAAAACCAAUUUCCGAAGGAAUCACAAUUGGUUCAAAAGAUGGAGGUAGUUCGAGUGCGAAAUCAUCAACUGAGAAUACAGGAAAAGGAGAAGGGAUAGCAUAUGAAAAAUCGAAAGAGGAAAAGAAAGCAGAAGCAGAGGCUGAGAUGGAAAGGUUGAGACAGGUUCAGAGCAUCAUGAGGCAGAGGGUAAGUGAUCCACCAACGAUGAAUAAGGGAGAUCCUGCAAAGUUAUAUUCGUAUGAAAUAAUUGAAUCCAAAGUGUUGGGGAAUCACUUGUAUGAGUUCGAGAAAAAGCCAAGGAAGAGUUAUGAUGUUGCGAACUCAGAUAGAAGCCAACUUGAUUUUCCAAUAAACGAAAUGAUGUUUAUUACGGCGCAGUACAAGAUAAGUGAAAAGCUUGAUAAUGUUGAUGAAUACACUUAUUUGAAGAUAAGAUUUCAUGCUGUACUUGCGAAGGAUCAAGAGGAGGUGUGGUCAUUAAUGAAGAUCAAGAAAGUUUUAACAAUUAAGAAGGAUGUGAUGUUCGAAGACAUGCUUCAAAACUUUUGA